CACACACACACACACACCAGAGAGUCAGUGAACAGAGAGCGAGCUGCUCUUAUGGUUUGUUGUCAGUGACGAGCAGAGCAGGACACACACAGGGACAGACACACACAGUGGGACACGCAGUGAGACAGACAGCCAGUGUUUUUGUCUCCGGGUCUCUGGACUUUGUCUCUGCAGGUUGUGGGUGUGUUUCCCCGGUGAUGACCUCGCUGCUUCUCUCUGGACACGGCCUCCCACUGAGAUGAAGGACCUCUCCUCCACCUCCUCUCCUCUCACCUCCCUGCUCCACUAUCCUUCCUCUAAAACCUCCGUGGCUCCGUUCUCUCCGUCCGCCGGCCCCGCCUCCUCGCCGGGCCCCUCGCUGUCGCCCUUGGCUCCGCUCUCCAAACCUCCGAGCUUCUGCCUGCAGACGGGGCCUCACCUCAUCGCCAGCAUGCAGCUGCAGAAGCUCAACUCUCACUACCAGAACCUGAGUGGAGGUUCUGCAGGACACCCGGCAGCCGCCGGAGCUCAGCGGGGCUUCGGAGCGCCGUCUCUGGGAACAGGAAACCAGCUCCUGGGGCCUCCUGGAGGCCUGGCUGGAGCCGGGAUCGGGGUCGGGAUCAGCAUGGGGAACCAGAGCUCAGGCGCAGGUGGAACAAGCGACUUUGACCUCGUGGACGAGGAGGUUCUCAUGUCUCUGGUGGUGGAGCUGGGUUUGGACCGAGCCAACGAGCUGCCCGAGCUGUGGCUGGGUCAGAACGAGUUCGAUUUCAUGUCGGAUGUUCCGGCCGGAUGUUGACGUUGGAGGAGACGCAGUGGAUUAAGUCGUGGGAUUAGGAGAUUGAAGGCAUAAUCUCUCUCUGUGUGUAGACGACAGAGACGUCAGUGAUGGAAAACACUCACUCUCUGCUUCACUGGGAUUAAAAGUAGUUUUCCCUCGUUUCACUGCGACAUUUUAUGUUUCCUGUUUGUGGAGAGCAGAGGAACAGAAGCGUGAGCAGACACAGGGAGUGGUGGACGCAGACGUCUUACUGCCCCAGUCCUCUUUCCUCCAUCUGUCCCCGUCUGAUUGAUAGCAGGAGGUUUUGGCAGAGACGUUUGGACUCUGAAGAAGACGAUGAAGACAAUGAAGACACACCUGCUGGACAGUCAGGGCUGCAGGGGGGGGAAAAGGAAAAUGAGAGACGUGCCUGUAUGGGACACUCGUGUUUUCUUGUGCUUUCAAUGUCUCACGGGACACUUGUGUCCACAAAGACGCUGGUUGUCUCAGGGCCGGUUAUCUCCUUCUCUCUCUGUGCCUCUGUGUUUUGUUUGAGUCGAGUUGAAGCAGUCGAUUCACAGGACCUGUUAUUCAAGACAGCGGCUGAUAUCCAUCAGGGCCACAUGGACAAGGCCAGCUACUGUCGCUCCUCUGUCAUCAGCUCCACUUUUUCUGAACAGACUGAAUGAGAUCAAGAGACCAGGACUCGCUCUCUGAGACCCGAGACCCGAGACCUUGGGCCUUCCAGGUCCUCGUCGUCACGAGAGUCACCGCGGCGCUCCGUGACCUGCAGCAGGUGUCGUGGGUGGAAACAAUGUCACAGACCGGCUCAUUCAUUCAUUCAUUCAUUCAUUCAUUCAUUCAUUCAUUCAUUCACGUCGCUUUUCCUGUUCAGCCACAUUGAUGUUGACGUUACGGCCGUUUGUUCAACUUAUCAGCUCACGUCAUGGUGCUGAUAAGAAGCGCUGUGUGUGUUUUGUCAUCAUAGGCCUGGAAGUGUUUCAACACACACACA